GCGAAUUGUUGCUGAAUAAGGGCUGCGAGAGCGCGGAGUUGCUAAAGCAGUUUGCGACGGCGCUCGCCGUACCUGCUCUCGGAACGCAGGCCAUUGACGUGCGGGACGUCGCCGAAAUGCAUAUUCGCGCGUGUGAGAAGAGUGCGGACGGGCAACGCUUCCUGGGCUGUGCUCGCGGGCUCACCGCUCGAGAGAUCGCUCAGAUCGGGGCCUCGGCCUCUGCCGCGGCAUCUGUGUCGGUGGAAGAAGGGGAAGAAAACACAAAGGUUCCGCAUCAUGUUCGUGGUGCGACUAGAAUUAUUCCUGUAGAGGAGAUGAGGAAGAAGAACAACACAAAGAUUGGGGGUCCUUGGCUUGAGCUUCCACUCUGGUUGUUGCGGAUUCUGAGCUACGUCAACGGGGAGAUUCGAGAUCUGCUUCAAUUCGAAGGUUUUGAUCAAAUCUCCGUUGACACCGAGAAUGUGCAACAGGUGCUAGGGAUGAAAACUUUUCGAGAUCCUGCGCUAGCGGUCUUCAAAAUGGCACUGUCGAUGCGUAAAUGGGGAAGGAUGUGAGUAGGAGCAAGAAGAUGUGAGUAGAGGCAAGAAGACUCUGUGAUCGAGUUCAAGGACAAAGGCGACAGGACAGGUAAAAGUUGUCCGGAUAUUUGAUCAUUUCACACACUUGCUGAAUACACUGAUCAGUCGUUGAUCAAACUCUCGUUCAUCUAUUCACUUUUGUGACUAACCAAUUGUGGUUUAUUUCACGCUGAAAUUUCAAAUUUGUUUUUGACAUUUCGCAGGCGUGGAUUCAUUAGUAUCUCCGAAUCUUACGAGGAGCCGCCUUCGGUGUAAAAACACCUGCCAUGUCCUUGUUUCGAUGAAGGAAAUGACGUCCAUGGUGAGUACUACAAAAGUGGCGAACAAUACCAUUUCCUACGACUGAAGCAAGAAUAUCUUCUUCUUCGCCUUGUUGGUCCUUCUGUUUUUCCGAAAGAAAUCUAAUCAUGGGUUUGAUAUUUUGCUACAUGAGAGGUUUAGGUCUAAUCAUGGUAAUAUGAAAGUCCUUGGAUCCCCCCUGAAAGUCGUGCAUGAUUGAAUCAAUGCAUGUGCUGCCUAUCAAGCUGAUUACAUACAAGAGCUGGCUUUCUGACUUAUCAAGCUGGUGCUGCGUCUGGGUUGUAAGGGCUCUAAGUUCAAUUGUCGUUUACUUCUAUAAUUGAAUCACAGCAACAGCAAGUACACGUUAAAAGUAUUACAAGUACUAGAACGGGUGGGUGUUACUAAGUGCGUACGUACUUGGUGCGUUCUCCGUUGGAGUUUUAGACUUUGAGCUGUUUAAUAUGUGACUGGACGUAAGGAGUACACAUAUAUGCAAUCGCGUUGGUGGUAAAUGAGAGCUUCCGCCAACGAGAAACUUGCAUAUUACUAUAUUUCAUAAUCAUAUGCAUAUGAUCGGUCAGUUCAUCCGGGAGUCAUUCUGGAUGUUGGCUGUAUCUUUCUCAAGUUGGUACUAGUCGUUGGUUACCUGAUCAAAAUCUUGAGGAGGAGUAAUCGAAAACUGAAAAUAAGCAAUUAACAAAUACGAUAACCGAGUCUCUGAGAUUGUUAUCCAGAUUACUUGCUUACUUCAGUUUGUCGAAUAAGUAAGUGAGGGUAGCCAUAGCGUCCUCGGUUUACUCCCGUUGGUGGGGAGUUUUUGGCACGAAAGUAGAGACUAUGCACGCACCUGGCUCAACAGCUUGCAGGCGUUUUCGUGUAUCGUCACAGUUCUGCUUUUUAAGACUCUUUGCUCGUCUUCUGAGAAACUAGUUGAAGACUGCCCAUAGGCCCAUAGGUUGCAUCCGUAAUAUAAGGAGGCUAAUGUACUCCGCCUGCCGCCAGUUUACGAACUGGAUAAAACUGGGAUCACCCUUCCGGCGGUCUUAGCAUACAAAAAAGGCUGCAUCGCUGGGGCACAUGAAUCAAAGAAAAGAAACUAGUUGACGGAAUCAAGUAAGAGGUCUUGGUGCGUAAUUAGGUAGAGGGAAAAAGUUUUAGAAUUUACAACUUCUGGGACUUCAUGUUUAUAAGAGCUCGAUAAGAGAUCGGUUCGCGUACAAGGUUUUAGCACGUAAAUUUUUGACAUAUAUUGAUAAGUCCAUACAUCUCGGUGUGUCCGGGUUGUCGAUCAUUGCGCCUCAUUCUGCAUGUUGUAAAAACCAUGAUGUACUGUACGAAACCAACAUGCUAAAAAACCAUGAUGAGCAAAGCGGCUUUUGAGCUGCUCAUUACUUUGAUGAUCGCUUCCUUAGAAUAGUAUGUAUCUACAGGAGCUCUACUUGAGCAUCUUCAAGGUACGAAAAACAAAAAUUCUAAGUCCGAAGGAACCUCCAAGUCAGAAGGAACCACCAG